AUGGCUUCUCUAUCAUCUCCACUAGUCACCAAAACAACCAUUCCCACUUCAAAUUCCCUCUCAUCCCUCUCUCAGAACAGUUCCCACAUUUCCUUAGUCCAGAACUCUAAGCCUUCCUUCAUACGUAGUAGCAGGAUCAUAUGCAAAUGCACAAGCAGUAAUCAAAACCCUAGCGAUGAACAUAAACAUUCUCAUCAAACAAACCUAGACCGGAGAAAUGUGCUCAUUGGGCUGGGAGGUUUAUACGGAGUUGGUCUUGGCAGCGCCGACCCUUUCGCCUUUGCGAAGCCGGUGGCGCCACCAGACUUAUCCAAGUGCGGAGCAGCAGAUUUACCACCCGGUGCUACACCAAUAAAUUGCUGCCCACCAAUAUCUGACAAGAUAGUCGAUUUCACCUUCCCUUCCUCCUCUCCUCUCCGCGUCAGACCCGCAGCUCACGCCGUCGAUCAAGCCUACAUCGACAAAUACUCCAAGGCCAUUGAGCUCAUGAAAGCCCUCCCCGACUCCGAUCCACGCAGCUUUUCGCAACAAGCCGAUAUUCACUGCGCUUACUGCGACGGCGCUUAUGAUCAAGUCGGUUUUCCUGACCUCGAGCUUCAAAUCCACCAGUCAUGGCUCUUCUACCCCUUCCACAGAUACUACUUAUACUUCUACGAGAAAAUACUCGGAAAACUCAUCGACGACCCCACUUUCGCCUUGCCAUUUUGGAACUGGGACUCUCCUCCGGGGAUGAAGCUGCCAGCCCUAUUCGCAGACCCAAAAUCGCCGCUCUACAACGAGCUCCGAAACGCUAACCACCAGCCUCCGACGCUCCUCGACUUAGACUGGAACCUCACCGACACGCCGACGACCGAGGCUGAUCAAAUAUCGAGCAAUCUGAAGAUCAUGUACAGGCAGAUGGUGUCCAACGCCAAGAAGCAGCAGCUCUUCUUUGGAACAGCUUAUAGGGCUGGCACCGAUCCAUCUCCGGGUUCCGGCUCAAUCGAGUCAACUCCUCACGGACCUGUCCACGUAUGGACCGGUGAUAACACGCAACCUAACUACGAGGACAUGGGGAACUUCUACUCUGCAGCUAGAGACCCUAUUUUCUUCUCACAUCAUUCUAACGUUGAUAGGAUGUGGAGUGUAUGGAAAACUUUGGGUGCUACUAAUAAGGAUAUUACAGAUCCAGAUUGGUUGGACACAGGGUUUCUAUUUUACGACGAGAAUGCGCAACUAGUGCGCGUGAAGGUACGCGACUGCCUUGACUCCAAAAAGCUAGGGUAUGUGUAUCAAGACGUGGACAUUCCAUGGUUGACGUCCAAGCCAACACCGCGUAGGUCGAAGCUUGCGAAAACAGCUAAGGCAGUUGGGGUGGCGCGUGCAGCGACGUCCGGACCAAAGGUCGUAGGGAGAGGCGAUUUUCCCAUAAAGUUGGACUCGAAGAUUAGUACGGUGGUAAAGAGACCGAAGCAGAAGAAGAGGAGCAAGAAGGAGAAGGAGGACGAGGAGGAGAUACUAGUGAUCGGAGGGAUCGAAUUCGAGAAAGACACGGCAGUGAAGUUUGAUGUUUACGUGAAUGACUUGGAAGACGAUGAUGAGCCGGGGAAGCCCGACGACAGUGAGUUUGCGGGGAGCUUUGUGAACGUGCCCCACAAGCAUAAGGACAAGAAGAAGAAGAAGACCAAGAGUUGCCUGAGGUUGGGAUUAACGGACUUGCUGGAGGAUUUGGGGGCUGAAGAUGAUGAGAGUGUGGUGGUGACUUUGGUGCCGAGGUAUGGGACUAAGUCUCUCAAGAUUGACACUAUCAAAAUUGAGUUUCUUGCUGAUUAAGCAAGCCUAAUUUUGCUAUUUAUAUAUGUACGUAAACUGUGUAUGUCGUUCAUCUUUCAAUUUGGUGAUGAGUUUUGAACGUACGUACCAUUUGAAAGAUAAUGUUCUUCUUUACUUAUCAUCAACAAACAAAGAUACAUUUUUUAUUUUU